CUACAAAUUCAUUUUUUUGCUUUCGGUCCUUGUCGGUUCUUAUUUUUCACUAUUAGUUUUUUUUUAUCUCUUUGGGUUUCUUCUUUUUCUUCUUCUUCCUCUCAAUUCACUAUUUUCUUAAUCAAAUCCGCUCUAGGUUUCUCGUUGGACACUAUCGGUGCUACAACAACCAUACCAGAACCACAAAACUCCUUUUGCAAUCUUGCAUUACCACAGUUCAUAAAAGAGAGAACGAACCAAAAAUAAAUAAUAAGGCAAAUGAGCCUAUUUUCCGCUCUCAGAGCAUCCCUGCGCCUCGCAGCGCCCUCUCUCCUCCUCCUUGUCAUCACCCUCCUUCUCACAAUACCCAGCCCAACCCAUGCGCAAUCCUUCAGCCAAUUGAAAAAACACGCGUCCAAGGAUGCCGACGGACUAGCACAACUUGACCUCAAACUCUUCAUGAAACACGUCGUAGCCGAAACCAAAGACUACUCCGUCAUCGUUCAGCUAACAGCGCUGGCUCCGAAGUACAAAUGCGGACCAUGCAAGGCCAUAGACACCACUCUGCGUUCGGUGUCGCGUGGAUGGAAAAAACAACAAAACAAGGGCGGAAAGGAUGGGCAUCAGAUUAUUUUUGCUUCGUUGGAUGUGGAAGAUGGAGAGGAGCUUUUUAGGAAAAUGGGGAUUGACAAUAUUCCCAGGUUUAUGAUCUUCCCGGCAAGCCAGGAUGAAACUGAAUACGAAGACAGCCAGCCGGAGGGUAUGGCGCAGAAACUCGGCGAGCUCUUCGAUGUCGAAUUCAAGCCCGAUAUUCCCGCGGACUAUCUAAAGUACCUGACCAACGGAGCCGUUCUUAUUGCCGCCGCGUACGCUGUCUUUCUGGUGUACAUGAAUAUUGAUCUGAAGCGGCUUGGGCGCAAUAUCUGGGCUAUCGUUACGAUUCUCUUUGUUCUGUUGAUGAGCUCCGGGUUUAUGUGGUCGAGGAUCAAUACGCCGCCGUAUGUGGGCCAGACGCGCUCUGGAGACGUUGUCCUGUUUGCUCCGACGAAUAACCAGCAGUAUGGUGUGGAGACCCAGAUUGUUGCCGCUACGUAUGCGGUUUGCGCGCUGUGUAUUGUUGCGCUGGUCAGGCAUGUGCCGAGAAUACCGAAUGUGGAUCAGCGCAACUUCGUCACUUUCAUGUUUGUUAUUGCACUGAUCAUGUCGUUCAGCUACUUGAAUAGUGUGUUCCGCAUGAAAAUGCCCGGGUACCCAUACAAGAUGUUGCUUCCAUGAGUUUGUUUUCCCUUUCUAAAUAAAACUUGUAUCCAUAAAAAAAUCGAAUUUUAUACAUGUGCCAAAUGUGUACAAACAUACAAACACAAACACAUGUGUAAUGUUGUAUAUGUGUGUGUGUGUGUGUCUUUUAUAUCCUUUUAUUCGUAUAUUACGAUUUUCGGAAAAGAAAGAAAAAUCAAGUGUGCGUAAUGAAGAAGCAAUAAAAAUUUUGAACAACAACAAAGAAAAAAAAG